AUGUCUCUGCACAUGGGGAAGCUAAGGUCCACUAUAAAAGCCAGCCCAGCUCCAUGCUCCCUCAUCCACUUCUCUGGCCUUCUCCUCCUUGGGAACCAGGUGAACCUCCUGCCCCGAGACAUGUCCUGCUACGACCAGUGCCAGCCCUGCCUGCCGUGCCAGCCCUGUGGCCCGACUCCACUGGCCAGCAGCUGCAAUGAGCCCUGCGUCAGGCAGUGCCAGAACUCCACCAUCGUCAUCCAGCCCUCUCCUGUGGUGGUGACCCUGCCCGGCCCCAUCCUCAGCUCCUUCCCGCAGAACACUGUUGUGGGAUCCUCCACCUCCGCUGCUGUUGGCAGCAUCCUCAGCUGUGACGGAGUCCCCAUCAACUCUGGGUGCUGUGACCUCUCCUGUAUUGCCAGCCGCUACUGCGGCAGCAAGGUGCCGCCCCUGCUAAAGAUGCCAGACAGUGCCCCAAACCAGGACCCCAGGAACUCAGAACAUGCUGCUGGACAGAAGAACAACAGAACUUCGUGCUCCUGUUUUAAGAGGAGCUGA